AUGUCCCGCCUCUUCUUCUUCUUUAAGAGGGUCUUUGCACAGUUUCUUUUGCUUCCUCUAUUCUUCUUUUCUCUUCAUGUUCAUUCUUCUUUCCCUCUCAUGGCUAAUCUUCCUGGGAUCGUCCUUCUUCUGCCGAGUACCGAAAUUGGAGUUUUCCAAAAAACCCUAGAUGCUGGUAUACGAUUGCCUUUGACAGAUUUCCAAGAGGAGGUUCUUCAGAAGGAUGACUGUAGUCUUCAGAUGUUGACCCCUAACGCUGUCAACAAAGCGGUUGCCUUCGAGAUGAUCUGUAGAGCCAAUGGGUAUGUUCCAGACUAUUUCGUUUUCAAGUUCUUUUUCUGGUUCUGCCUUACCAGUGAUAAGUGUACUUUUUCAGCCCGGCGAGGGGGGCAUGCCCUAGUUCUUGAUGGGCGUACCCCCAAAAAUUGGCAAGACAAGUGGUUGUGGGUGAAUCAGGAACUGGUUGGGAAUGGUCGUUACCGUGCCAAUGCUUUCACCGAUACUGUCCCCAAGCUCUUUCAUCAUAAUCAAGAAGUCUCCGAUUACCUGAAAAAUGUGCAAGUAACCGCUGAAGAUUACUCCGAAGCGAUCCUGUCCGGGGUAGGGAUGAGCCCCUCCUGGAGGCGGCGUGGCAAGAUGGCGGUGUUCUACUCCGUCGUUGAUGAGGGCACUCCUGAGGAUGCUGCGAGUCGUGAAAUGGUGCUUGUGAAUGUCAUUGGUGUGGGAGGGAAUGGUAAAGAUUGUGGUGCUAGUGGUGAUUGUCGAGCAGGUGUUGCAGGUGGCGAUGUUGAUGAGGUGGCAGAUGAUAGGGAAGUUUCUAACGGGUUGGCUGGGAAAGUGAGUGCGGAUGAUGUUGUGGAGGGGGAUGUGGUUGGUGAUAAGUCUGUUGGUGAUGGUUCGAGGCCAUAA